UCCUCCGUCGCGAGCCCGCCAUGGAGGUGGAGGAGGCGUUCCAGGCGGUGGGCGAGAUGGGCCUCUACCAGAUGUACUUGUGCUUCCUGCUGGCGGUGCUGCUGCAGCUUUAUGUGGCCACAGAAGCCAUUCUCAUUGCACUAAUUGGAGCUACACCAGCAUACUACUGGGACAUGGCGGAGCUCCUGCCCAACCAGAGCCACAGCAACCAGUCUGUGGGCAAAGGCCAGGCCUUUGGGGACUGGCUUCUGACCGCCAAUGGCAGUGAGAUCCAUAAGCACGUGCAUUUCAGCAGCAGCUUCACCUCUAUCGCCUCUGAGUGGUUUUUAAUUGCCAACCGAUCUUACAAAGUCAGUGCGGCCAGCUCCUUUUUCUUCAGUGGUGUGUUUGUUGGCGUUAUCUCCUUUGGUCAGCUUUCAGAUCGCUUUGGAAGGAAAAAAGUCUAUCUCACAGGUUUUGCUCUUGACAUCUUAUUUGCUAUUGCAAAUGGAUUUUCCCCCUCAUAUGAAUUCUUUGCAGUAACUCGCUUCUUGGUGGGCGUGAUGAAUGGAGGGAUGUCCCUGGUGGCCUUUGUCUUGCUAAAUGAGUGCGUGGGCACCGCCUACUGGGCACUUGCAGGAUCGAUUGGUGGUCUCUUCUUUGCUGUUGGUAUCGCGCAAUAUGCCCUGUUAGGAUACUUCAUCCGCUCCUGGAGGACCCUAGCUGUUCUGGUCAACCUUCAGGGAACAGUAGUCUUCCUCUUAUCUUUAUUCAUUCCUGAAUCACCUCGUUGGUUAUACUCCCAGGGUCGGCUGAGUGAGGCGGAAGAGGCUUUGUACCUCAUUGCCAAGAGGAACCGCAAGCUCAAGUGCACAUUCUCACUAACACAUCCGGCCAACAGGAGCUACAGGGAAACUGGAAGCUUCCUGGAUCUGUUCCGUUACCGGAUCCUCCUAGGACAUACUCUGAUCCUGAUGUUCAUCUGGUUUGUGUGCAGCUUGGUAUACUACGGCCUCACCCUGAGUGCGGGGGACCUAGGGGGAAGCAUUUAUGCCAACCUGGCUUUAUCUGGCCUCAUAGAGAUUCCAUCCUACCCUCUCUGCAUCUACCUGAUUAACCAAAGAUGGUUUGGUCGGAAGCGGACACUAGCAGCGUUUCUGUGCCUUGGAGGACUGGCCUGCCUUAUUGUGAUGUUUCUUCCAGAAAAAAAAGACACAGGUGUGUUCGCAGUUGUCAACAGCCACUCCUUGUCCCUGCUGGGGAAGCUGACCAUCAGUGCUGCCUUUAACAUUGUUUACAUCUACACCUCUGAGCUGUACCCCACUGUCAUCAGAAACGUUGGCCUCGGAACCUGCUCCAUGUUCUCCCGAGUUGGUGGGAUCAUUGCUCCCUUCGUCCCCUCCCUGAAGGACGUGCAGUGGUCUCUGCCCUUCAUCGUGUUUGGAGCCACAGGCCUGACCUCAGGCCUCCUGAGCCUGCUAUUGCCAGAGACUCUGAACAGCCCUUUGCUGGAGACAUUUUCUGAUCUUCAGAUGUACUCAUACAGGAGGCUAGGGGAGGAAGCACUAUCUCUACAGACCUUGGAUCCUCCACAGCCCCUGGACAAGGCCAGCAGUGAGAGUGAGGAGGAGGAAGAGUUCUAUGAUGCAGAUGAGGAGACACAGAUGAUCAAGUGAAGAGCCCACAUUCCUGCCCAGAAGUGAAGCCCCUUAGUGCCUCGUCCAGCUUCAGCACCAGAGAUGUACUCAGCCCACACUGAUGCUUUCCAGACAGGAGAGGCGGUGGUGGAGCAACUCCAAAAGGGAGAACUCGCUGCGUUGAGUCAUUGCUGACUUGUUUGGGACUGAGGCCGCACAGCUCAGAUCCACCUUGUAGGAUUGUGUCCCAUGCUGCUUCCCUUCCUCGGGACCUAAGUGUGAAACUGCUCGCACUUUUACUAGGGUUAGCCAGACCUUCCCCGAGAUUUCAUCUUCCCAGUAAGCUUCACAUCAUCCCUGUCACUUGCUUCUCCCCACCAGGGGUCUUCUGGUGCAGGCUGAUGAGUGCAGAGCUCCCAGCUUCCCCUCUACUCAUGGGCUGGUUCCCAGCUCACUGGUUGCCGGUGCAGCUUGUGCCUUUAGUCUGAGUCAUUCACUAAUAAACGGCAGAGUCACCGGAGCAGUUGUCUGUCAUCAGGGACUGACUGUGGCAUGGUAGCUCCCUUUGACACUUGUGUUGUGCAAUUUUUCCAGUUCUCACUUGGAAGCAUCUGGGGAAUGUUUUUCUUUGUGAGAUUCUAGCAUCAGCAAUAACUUCAAAAUCAUGUCCAGUCAACAACGAAACUCUACAGACUGAGGGUGGUCAGCAAGUGAUGCACUAAGCACUUUUUAAAUGACUGAAGAGAAGAUUCUGUCUCACAGUGUUGUCAGCGUGCAGCGAGGGAUUUGCACAGCAUAUCAGGGCUUGGUCUCUGCCCUGCAUCAGUCUCUACCUGUUAUUUAAAAGGCAUGGUGGUUUUUUCUUUUUCUUUUCUUUUUUUUUUUUAAGAAAAUGGUGAGUUUUCAUUAAGUGCUUCCAUGGAUCUCCAAAUGAAUCAAAAUCACACUUAAUACCUGUUUCUCACAAAACUUGAACACUCUCAAAUAGGCAUAUAAGCCGGGAGUCCACAUGUGGGCAAUUGACCACUUCCUGACCAGGGAAGCAGCUGUGUGUUUAGGAUUUCUAUGUAUGCUAGUCUCUUGGGAGUAGCAAGCACACAAAUGUGAAGGAAAGGUUCUCUGUAGAUGCCCCUAGAAAUUGUGCAAGCCUGCAUUCUUUGCCCCCAGAUAUGUUCCUGGGCUCCUCCAUGUUGUCUCGGCUUUUACUGUGCCCAUCUGUUCCUUUUUUAAAUCAUUUUCCUUUGUGUCCUUGGUCAUGGGGAAGCUGUUUCUACCACUGUGGAUAACAAUGGCUGGCUGGGAUGCAGUGAAGACCCCAUAGGUGGCCCUGUGUCUAGCUGUCAGGAAGAUUAUGGAACUCCCUCCAGCAUCACAUCUGCAAAUUCCAGUAAAGAGUGUCCCACACUCCAAAGUACAAAGUCCUGCUGCUCUCCUCUCUGGGAAAUGGAGGUCAGCUCUCUUUAGGAGAGGAGGAAAAGGGCUUCCAGAAACUCUUGGUUCUUGUCAAAUAAAGUGUUUAAAAUAAAACUAAAUUUAUAUAUAUAA